AUGGAUUGGAACACCGAAACCCUACAAUUCCUCUCCCAGUGUUUCCUGAAUACCCUUUCGCCGCUUCCGGAGCCCCGCCGCCGCGCGGAGGCGGCAUUGGCGGAGGCUGCCGAUCGUCCCAACUAUGGCAUUGCAGUCCUCCGCCUCCUGGACGAGCAGUCCGUGGACGAGCAGGUCCGCCAGUCAGCCGCUGUUAACUUCAAGAAUCACCUCAAAGCCCAUUGGGCCCUACAGCCUAAUGACCCAGCUCAAACAGCUGUGCCCGACGCAGAGAAGGAGCUGGUUAAGGCUUUCAUUGUCACCCUAAUGGUUAAGACCCCGCCGAAAAUCCAGGCUCAGCUAAGUGAGGCGUUAACCAUCAUAGGUAAGCACGAUUUCCCUAGAGCUUGGCCUACUCUCUUACCUGAAUUGGUGGUGACUCUGGAUAAAUUGAGCCAGGCUAACAACUAUGCUUCCGUUAAUGGGGUUUUAUCGACGGUUAACUCUUUAUUUAAGAAAUUCAGGUACCAGUAUAAGUCUAAUGACCUGAUGUUAGAUUUAAAGUACUGUCUGGAUAACUUUGCCAAGCCAUUGCUUGAAGUAUUUAAGAGGACUGCGAAUUUCAUAGACCAAACUGUGGGUUCUGGGGCCCCUAAUACCAUUGCUCUCAAGGGUUGUAUAGAGUCGCAGAGGCUUUGUUGUAGGAUAUUCUUUUCCCUCAAUUUCAUUGAUCUUCCUGAAUUUUUUGAGGAUCACAUGGAUGAAUGGAUGAUCGAGUUCAAUAAAUAUUUGACUGUAAAAUAUCCUGCUUUAGAAGAAGGUGGAGGUGAUGGGCUUGCUACUGUUGAUGGGUUGCGGGCUGCCGUUUGUGAGAACAUCAGCCUCUAUAUGGAGAAAGAGGAGGAAUUAUUUGAGAAGUAUUUGCGUGGGUUUGUGGAUGCAGUAUGGGGUCUCUUGGUGGUUGCCUCCAGUGAUUCUAGCCGGGAGAGGCUGACCGUGACUGGUAUCAAGUUCUUGAACACUGUUAGCACAAGCGUCCAUCAUAAUUUGUUUGCGAGUGACAAUAUUUUACAACAGAUUAUCCAGAGUAUCGUGAUCCCAAAUGUGAUGUUGAGGGAUGAGGAUGAAGAGCUUUUCGAGAUGAACUAUGUGGAGUUCAUACGGAGGGAUAUGGAAGGCAGUGACCUAGACACCCGUAGGAGGAUUGCAUGUGAACUCCUUAAGGGAAUUGCUGUGAAUUAUAAGGAUAAUGUGACCCAGAAGGUCUCCAUUCAGGUACAGGGCCUUCUGGCCUCGUUUGCAGAGAAUCCAUCUGCAAACUGGAAGCACAAGGACUGUGCUAUUUAUUUGGUUGUUUGCCUUGCCAUGAAACGAGCUGGUGGAAACUUUAUAACGACCGACAUUGUUGAUGUUGAGAGCUUCUUCGGCACAGUAAUCGUUCCAGAGUUGAGAAGUCAGGAUGUGGAUGGGUUCCCCAUGUUGAAAGCUGGGGCAUUGAAAUUCUUCACCAUGUUUAGGCACGGUAUACCCAAGCAUGUGGCGGUGGCACUGCUACCUGAAGUGGUUCGCUUCCUUGCAUCUGAGUCGAAUGUGGUGCAUUCGUAUGCCGCUAGCUGCAUUGAGAAGCUUCUUCUGGUCAAGGAAGAAGGGGGAAGGCCAAGAUACACAGCUGAUGACGUUAAUCCGUUUCUUCUUGUGUUGAUGACCAAUCUUUUCAAUGCCUUGCAGAAGCAAGAAUCUGAGGAGAACCAGUAUGUGAUGAAGUGCAUCAUGCGGGUUCUUGGAGUUGCUAACGUUUCGCGUGAAGUUGCUUUGCCUUGCAUCAAUGGUCUGGCAUCUGUACUUAACAGGGUCUGUGAGAACCCGAAGAAUCCUGUAUUCAACCAUUAUCUCUUCGAGUCUGUGGCUCUUCUUAUCAGGCGGGCAUGUGAGCAGGAUCCAUCGGUUAUUUCAGCCUUUGAGACUAGCCUGCUGCCCAGCGUGCAGAUGAUUUUAGCUCGGGAUGUCAGUGAGUUCUUUCCGUAUGCAUUCCAACUUCUGGCACAGCUUGUUGACUUGAAUCGAUCUCCUUUGCCAGUGAAUUAUAUGGAGAUCUUCGCGAUAUUACUCCUCCCUGAAUCUUGGAAAAAGUCUGCAAAUGUUCCUGCUCUUGUUCGCCUGCUCCAGGCCUUCCUAAGAAAGGCACCAAAUGAACUAAACCAGCAGGGGCGGUUGUCUAGUAUUCUUGGAAUAUUCAACACGUUAGUCUCGUCUCCAAGUACUGACGAGCAAGGAUUUUAUGUGCUUAACACUGUGAUCGAACAUCUUGGUUAUGAUGUGAUCUCUCCCUACAUUAGCCAUAUCUGGGUUGCUUUGUUCAAACGGCUGCAACUUAACAGGACUGUGAAGUUCACCAAGUCUCUCGUCAUAUUUAUGUCACUCUUUUUGGUGAAACAUGGUCCAGAAAACCUUGUUGGCUCCAUGAAUGCUGUUCAGCCUGAUAUUUUCCGCACGAUUCUUGAGCAAUUCUGGAUACCCACUCUCAAGAUGAUCACAGGUUCAAUGGAGCUCAAGUUGAGUUCAGUUGCCUCUACUAGACUUUUAUGUGAGACCCUAUCGGGAGCAGAUUCAAGUCUCUGGGGUAAAAUGCUCGACAGCAUUGUUACACUUAUUUCAAGGCCAGAGGAGGAUAGACUGGAGGAGGAGCCUGAUGUUCCGGAUUUUGGUGAAACUGUGGGUUAUAAUGCCACAUUCGUUCAGCUAUACAAUGCUGGGAGGAAAGAAGAGGACCCUCUGCGAGAUAUCAAUGAUCCUAAGCAAUUCUUGGUUGCAUCUCUGGCGAAUCUUUCUGCUCGUUCACCUGGAAUUUACCCAAGAAUUAUUACUGAAAAUCUUGAUCAAGCUAAUCAAGCCGCACUGUUACAGCUUUGUGGCUCCUAUAAUCUCAAAAUAAAAUUAAGUUUGAAUGAUGGAAACAGCACGUGUCCGGUCAUGGAAUUCGCGGUUUAGUCUUCUCAGUAUUCGCCCUAAGUAUCUAUUGUUGUUGUGUCCGAUCACAAACAUUUGACUUUCAAGUGGUGUGGGGACAAAAUGGUCAUUUUAAGUUCCCAUUGGCGCCAAAUAACCAGAUCUUGUGGAUUUUGUUUUUUGAAGACUGCCUGUCCAUUUUUCCAAAUGUUGUGAAGCAAUUGAAGCGGUAACUGGAGUUUUGAUUUGUGGAGUUGAGUUCUUGAGUUAUGAAAAGUGUUAGUUUUGCUGUGACUGUAUUCUCGCGAUUGUGUCGGUCCAGACAUUCACGACCUCUGGUUUCGUAAAUCAUUCAUUACUUGUGAUGGAAUUUAAAAAUUUCCACUGAGUCAAGUUUUUUUAUUCAGAAUGUCGUGCAAUUCAAUCAAUUAUUGUUCAUCACAUUUGUCUACAACCUAAAGGGAUCUUUCAGAUUUACAAUGUUGCAUGAUCUCAAUUGGGAUUAUUCUGGGAAAAUUUGUUUCCCGAAAUAUUUUAGCUGUCUAAUUCCUUGAGGAUUGGUAAAUGUUUUUUUCGCAUGUUCGUAAAACGACCUGCUUUUUUCACAUGGUAUAAUCAAGCUGAUGAA